CCGCGCGGAGCCCGAGCCGCAGCCAGAGCGCGGGCAGCACGGAGCCGGCGGCGGGAAGGCAGCGGUGUGGUGCGGCGCGCCGCCCCCACUAGGCCCGGGAUCCGCACACCCGCCGGCUGAGAGGCCCGGGACCGUGCGCAGGCGAGGACCCGCUGCCCGGACCAGGGGGCGUCCCAGGGCGCAGACUGGCCGGCUCGGGUCCGAGGUGAGCCCCGGCAGAAGACGCGCCCAACUGCCCCGGGAGCUCCGGGCCGAGCCCACCGGGGUCUGGGGUGCUAGGGCGAGCCUGACCGCCGAGGAGGCGUCCGCCGGGAGCCAGCGCCCGGGAGGCGGUCCCCGCGCGAUCCCUGCGGGCCCCGCGUGAUCCCUGCGGGCGAGAAGGAUCCGGCCGGGCGGCCGAGCCGUAGGAAGCCGCGGCGCGUCGCCAUGCGCGGGGCCCUGUAGCCGAAGGCGCGGGCCCGAUGGAAAGGGCCGGGGCUCGGGGGCUGCGAGGCGGCCGCGGCCCGCCAGGGCCCCGGCUCGCGCUAGGGCUGGCGCUGCUGCUGGUGCGGCCGCCGUCGGGCCGCGCGGGGGCCCCGGAGGCGCAGGAGUCGGCGGAGCCCGGCACGGCAGCCCCGGCCGGCGGCGACCGUUGCCGCGGCUACUACGACGUGAUGGGCCAGUGGGACCCGCCCUUCAACUGCAGCUCGGGAGUCUACAGCUUCUGCUGUGGCACGUGCGGCUACCGCUUCUGCUGCCACGACGGGCCCCGGCGCCUUGACCAGAGCCGCUGCUCCAACUACGAUACACCGGCCUGGGUGCAGACCGGCCGGCCGCCCGCGCGGGCCCGCGACGCCGUCGUGCCCCGUGACCCGGCCCGCGAGCGCAGCCACACGGCCGUCUACGCGGUGUGCGGCGUCGCAGCGCUGCUGGUGCUGGCGGGCAUCGGGGUGCGCCUGGGCCUGGAGAGGGCGCACAGCCCGCGCGCACGGCGCACCGUGACCAGGACACUGACGGAACUUCUGAAGCAGCCGGGCCCCCAGGAGCCACUGCCUCCACCUCUGGGCCCACCUCUGGGUAGCUGUGUCCAGGUCCUGGGACUCAGUGCCUGGCUGACGCUGAACAUGCUGGUGUGUCAUCCACUAGACAAGAAACGUCCCAACAACAUGCCCCUGGGGUCGGCGACACCAGGGCCCCCGCGCGGUCCCCAGCUGCAGGGCGGCGGCAGCAUGACGUUACAGCCUGACUACGCUAAGUACGCCACCCUCGCCAGCCUCAAGGCAGCGGCGCUCAAGACGGCAGAGGCGCCCCCUCAGGACUUCUACCAGCGUUUUCCCGCGUCAGCAUCCGCCCCGUUGACCCUCCCGGCGCGGACCCCGAGGCCUCCCGAGGACUUGCCUGCGCUGCUCGACGUCUGCCCCUGGGCUCCGCCGGGCUACAAGCCCCCCGUCGGCCCUGUCCGGUCUGGCCACUGCAAGGCCUGGACCGCCGGCCGCCCGGCUCGGCCCGCCCACCGCGGCCACCUGGCGGCUCAGGCCUCUCCUGCUCCCCGGCGGUCGGGCCACCCGCCCCGGCGCCAGUUCAGCGUGGAGAAGUUGCCCGAAGCCUUCGGUCCGCAGCCCCCUGGCCUUUACGGCUGCGCGGGCCGCGGACCCCGGCACCUGAGCACCAACAGCAAAGCUGAGGUUACCGUGUGAAGACGGGCCUGGUGAUUCUUCCAAGACAUCGCAUCGCCAGGAGCCCUCGUCUGUCCGGGAUCCGCCACACGCCUGGUCCAGAAGCCCAGGCCAUGGGGGGGUAGAGGGAGGGGCGCCGGUCUCGAAAGUCCAGCCCUUUCGCCUGCCCAAACUGGACUGGGGGCCUUGGAGCCUGCAGGGCUAAGAAGGGGCCUGUCUUGGGGACCCCAGGGUCCGGGUUCCUCAUGUAAAUACCCUUUUAUGUAGCUCCCAUCCCUGAGAAUAAAGGAGCUCCAGCUUGGCUCUGAGAGGGGCUGAUGGUGGAGGCAUUG